CCGCGGGAGCCGGCGAUGAGGGCGGCCUGCGGCGGCGGCGGCGGCGCCGGGAGGAAGGAGGUCACCGCGCCGUGGAUGUGGCUCCUGCUGAUCGCCACCGCCUGCGGCUUCGUCUUCCUCCUGCUCAACCUCCCCGACCACCGCUCCCGCUCCGGCCCCGGUGGGGAGCAAACGGGAGGGGCCCACUUGUCGGCCAAGGAUAAGCUGCAGAUUGGAGACGUCACCAAACUCAACGUCCUGCCCGACGAGAUAGAAGGGCAAGCUGAUGAAAUAGCUGCGGAGGAAGAUGAAAGAAUAUCCACAUCACCCCCGAGCACCAAAGAGAAGAUAUGGAUGAUGCAAGACCAGCUAAUUAUGGCCAGGGCCUAUUUACAGUUUGCUUCUUCACAUGGCAGCGCACAUUUGAUCCGCGAGUUGAAAAUGCGGAUGAAAGAGAUCGAAAGGGCUAUAAGUCACUCUAGUGGUGCUUCCCGAUUAUCUGGGAGUGUGUUGCAGAAAAUGAAAGCGAUGGAAUUGGCCUUAUCCAAAGCGCAGAGAGCCUACCCACAUUGCUCUCACAUGUCAUCAAAGCUACGUGCAAUGAUAUAUAACAGUGAAGAAUUGGUCAGAGCUCAUCAAAGUGAAUCUUCAUUCCUUGAGCAGGUGGCCGUGAGGACUUUACCUAAAGGACAUCACUGCCUAGCAAUGCGACUUACCUCGGAAUAUUUUUCUUUGGAUCCGAAGGAACGCCAGUUUCCAAAAAGAUUCAGCAUGCUGAUGGAUGAUUUCCAUCAUUAUGCCAUAUUCUCGGACAAUGUACUAGCAAGUGCAGUGGUUAUCAACUCCACAAUAGCUGCAUCAAAGGAUCCAAAAAGGAUAAUGUUUCAUAUUGUAACUGAUUCGUUGAGUUUUCCUGCAAUGACAAUGUGGUUUCUGACAAACCCACCAAGCCCCGCAACAAUUCAUAUUAAAAGCCUGGAUGAGUUGAAAUGGCUCCCUGCUGAUUUCAGUUCCAGAUUUAAGCAGAAGGGCAUUCGAGAUCCAAGAUACACUUCUGCACUUAACCACUUACGCUUUUACUUGCCUGAAGUAUUCCCUUCUCUGAGCAAAGUUCUACUCUUGGACCAUGAUGUUGUAGUCCAAAAAGACUUGAGCAGAUUGUGGGGGCUAGAUAUGAAGGGUAAAGUAAAUGGUGCUAUGGAGACGUGCAGCUCUGGCAAGGGUUACCAUCAAUUGGACGACCUUGUUAAUUUUUCUGAUCCAAGUAUCAUCAACAAAUUUGAUGCAAAAGCUUGCACAUUUGCAUUUGGGAUGAACAUUUUUGACCUUAAGGAAUGGCGCAGUAAGGGUUUAAGUGCAACUUAUGAUAAAUGGUUUCAGGCGGGCAAGAGGCGGAGACUAUGGAAGGCAGGAAGCUUGCCAGUGGGCCAGCUUGUCUUCUACAACCAAACAGUGCCUCUUGACCACCGGUGGCAUGUUCUUGGGCUUGGGCGGAAUAGCAACACACGAAGAGAUGAAAUCGAGAGUGCAGCUGUCAUCCACUACAGCGGGAACCUUAAACCCUGGCUGGAGAUCUCCAUCCCCAAGUACAGAGACUACUGGAACAGAUACCUUAACUACGACAACACGUACUUGCAGCAGUGCAACAUCCACAGGUAGAUAGCAACAGAAGGCGGGGGGAUUUUACACACUGGCUCGUCCAUACACAGUUUUUGCUAUAGUGCUACAAGAGUACUAGUAUGUAGCAAGCUGAUCUUAUUCAUUCUUUUGUAGAUUUACUACUAGAUACACUUUUCUGUAGUUAGAUUUACGUGUCUUAGCCACUUAUCGAAAUUCUGUGCAAAAGUAAGAAAAACUAAUGACAUGUUUAAAUAAAAAGGCUGGGACUACAGUAUAACAAUACUGAAGUUUUGAACGA